GGAUCUUCAAUCGCGCUUGAAAAUAUACCGUGCAACCGUAGAUAUUCAUCGUCCUGAAUAUCGUGCCCGGAUCAAUAUUCGUGAUUUGUAUAUAUCGGACCAUAUUUGCAUGGGUACCACCGUGCCGAGGAAAUUCCCUAGCUCACCUAGUGCCACGGGCGUCAUCAUCGGUGGACGACGUAACGCGGACCUGGUGAACUCGAGCGCCACGGAGACGGUGUCCAAGAGCUCUACGGAGACGUUGUCCAAGAACAGGCGACGCGCGCGCGAAAGAGUUCGUUGGGAUGACCUUUGUGCGUGGGUAGUCGGGCGAUGGUUUGUGCGUGCGAUGGGUGACAAGUGGUGAUCCGUGUGUGAUCAGGUUGAUAGACGAAAAAUUGUGAAUAGAGGAUUUGGAUAUCGAAAAAUUCGGUGAUGAAGGAGCCAUCUAUAACCAGCCUGCUGUUCUCAGCAGCGCUGCUAGCACUAGCCACUGCCCAAUGUCCUUGGCAACGGGACGUUCCAGAACUCCUAUCUUCCUGCAUAUGCUCCUACAACCUGGGCCACGAACUCUCCGUCCAAUGUGACAUCGUCAACUGGCUCACACUUCUAUCGGCCUUGAACAAAUACGCCACAGCUACCCCUCUCGACCUACUCUACGUCAACAAUUCGACAGUGGGCGAACUCAAAGCCAACAUCCUAGUGAACUUGCAAGUGCAAAGCGUCCAACUCUCCGGUUGUAAAAUAAAAAGUGUGCACAGUGAUGCCUUCGCAGGCCAAGAACACCACCUAAAAAACCUCAACCUCCAAGACAAUGAACUCAGUGAUGUACCUGUGAACAGUUUGCGGAAACUCCGGACAUUAUCGCUUUUAGACUUAUCGCACAACAAAAUCAGUGUAGUGCCCAGUGGUGCUUUCGAAACUCUCCAUAAACUCGCGACUCUCAAGCUUUCGGACAACAACAUCACCUUGCAACAUGGAGCCCUGAACGGUCUGGAGGGUUGCUUGAAAAACCUCAACCUCAAAGGAACCAAGCUGAAGGAAGUGCCCAGCGCCAUACAAGGCAUGAGAACUUUAGCCUUCCUGGAUCUGUCGCAAAACAGCCUCAGAGAACUGCCGGGCAAAAACGGCAACGACACCUUCAAAGGGCUUGGGUCCUUGACAGCUCUGAACCUAGAACGUAAUAUCAUCCAAACCCUGAACGAUAAUUCGUUCCAAGGCGUCAGCAAAACCUUGAGUUCUCUGAGCCUCCUCAACAACCUACUUCCAGAUUUCCCAACUGGGGCUCUGAGCGCUUUGUCUGAACUCAGGGUUCUGGAUAUCGGUUUUAAUCUCCUAACGGACCUACCGGUGGGUGCAUUCAAGGGUAAUCCCUCGAUAACUCUAUUGGCGCUCGACGGAAAUCCUCUGGCAACUAUUCCGUUCGAGGCACUCUCGCAUCUGAAUAGCACACUGAGAGGAUUAAGUCUCGGUGGAAGGUUCUUGCAUUGCGAUUGCAGGCUAGCCUGGGUGAUUAAUUGGAUUCGCAAUGGCGACCUGCAAGUCACCAGCCGAGAACGUAAUCCGCAAUUCUGCGGCAGCCCUCCAAGAUUCAGAGAUCGUGGUUUCUACAGCAUCCAACCCGAAGAGCUCUCUUGCUCCGACAAGAAACCAACCGUCCUCACCACCACCCCAGCCGCAACAACCACGACGCUGGGCAAUGUGAAGAAAGAAACCGUCGCUCAAGCUCACAGGGACUCCGUGGGAGUGGCUACUGUCGUCAGCGCAGAUCUGGAUGAUCUGGUGGCCGCCAAACCAGGGCUUCCGCCUUCUCAGGCCACCACCACCACUAGGAUACCUUCCACCAAGAGUACGACAGUGACUAGGACUACCUCGACCUCUUCUAGCACGACCAAAGUGACCUCUACUACCACCUCCACCACUUCUAGGGCGACCACGAAGCCCAAAGUCAAGACGUCCCCGCCGAUCUGGAAGAACAACCAGAAACCAUCCAUGGUGAUGGGUUUCCCGAGAAGCAAGGCUGAAGAGGGCAGGGAGGUGGUGGUGAAGAACGCGUUCAGGCAGGAUAAUUCGGUCAUCAUCCAAUGGGGAUCUGACACGGCGAAUAUUCUGGGAUUCCGGGUGGUUUACAGAUUGUUUGGGGACAAGAGUUUCAAGCAGGGGCCACCUCUAGAAGCUAGCGAGAGGGAGUUUAAGAUCAAGAAUGUACCUUCGCAGGAAUGCAUCAUCGUGUGCGUGGUCUCCCUGGAGGACACCACUGUGACCCCCGAAACAGUCUCCUACGCGCAGUGCCGCGAAGUCCGCACCGUCUCCUCAGCCGCCUCCAACAUGGACAAGAUCACAAUUGCCGCCAGCGCCGCCAUCUGCGGCACCAUCGUCGUGGCCGUCGUCGUCUUCGUGGCCGCCUCCAGAAGAAGGUCGCGGAAGAUGCACGAGCUGCAGCAGAAGAGGGCGCUCAAGCACGGCGUGCCGAUCGCCGGGCUGCCGGUUAAUUGCUGUGCCGGGCUGCCGGGCAGUCCUGGUGAGCCCAUGUCGUCGUUGGCCGCCCUGAACGCCUUCAACAACGCCAAGGACUGGGAUCAGGUAUCGGCUUACAGUACGCACAGCCAGAGGCCCAGGAUGUACAUGGUGGACCAACCACCCUCUCUCGAGGACAUGCGACCCCACUUCGGCCCCCCCAAAGGUAAUAAGCCUAGGUCGAUCGCCGACGGCCAAUCACAGCACAGCUUCUCCAAUCAAUCUGGGAGAUACUUGACAUCUAACGCUUUCCCGAACAACCUUCUGGCUUCCAGGCAAGCUUCUAGCUCUUUUGUUCCUCCAAGGCGACACUCCUAUGCUUUCCCAAAUAACUUUCUGCUAUUCAGAAAAGAUCUACGUCAAUCGCGUCAGUCCCUAGCGAUGCAGUCGGACAGGAUGUCAUCCCGGAUGGCACCCCACCACCUUCCCGCCACGAACUCCGUCAUAUCGUCCACCAGACGAUCCAGACCCAGGUCCAGGUCACGUGACCAUAACAGGCCGAGCAGCAGAUAUAGCACCGCCGGAUCGACACAUACCCUCAACAACUAUCACGACAAUUCCGACAAUUGGACAGACCACGAUAUGGAAAUCUAUAUGGCGCGAAACACUACGCGAAACGGACUGGUUCCUUUAUAGGGAUAUCGAUGAAAAAGUUGAUGCUCGUUAUCGUAUGAUGGACUCAAAACUGUAAAUAUACAGUUCGAUCGAUAGCAUCUACCGUCUAGGGCAACAUUGUAAUGGACUAUUCAAGUCUUUUCAUGUAAAGACCCAUGUGGUAUUUAGAUUCAGAUAAGCAGAGGUGAUAGUGCUUGUCCCAGAACAUGAUCUGAUCUACAAUAUGCAAGUGUGUUUUACUUUGUAUACAAGUGACCAAUCAGAUCCGUUAUAAGAUGUAGACGAGAGCUAUCAUCAGUUUAGUAACUAUUUAUUGAAAUUACUCCAUUAUUAUUUCUAUCUGAGCACCCGUACAGUAAUUAAAUUGACAUGCUUUCUCUGAAGGCGUUAUAAACUAAUAAAGUCACUUCUUAAAAACGGCGAUUUGAAUAUGAGGUAUAAACAUAACAAUGUUUUACAAAUUUCAAGUAUGUAUGGAAGUAGUCAAUAUGAAGGAUGAUAAAUUGAUUCAGAAUUUCAAACUUCUGAUGAAAAUAAUCAAAUGAAUAUUGGACAAAUAUUAUAAAAAAAAUCUCUUGGAACAAUUGUGUUUUUGAAUGUGUUUUUAUGGGAUUUGUUUGUUAUGUAAUAUACUUAAGUUAGGAAACAUUUGUACAUAAUUACGUUAAUUUUUUCAAUUGAUAAGACAAAAUAUAUUAUUUAUAAAAUAUUGAGAGCUUAACUGAUUUUUUUUGUUACUUGGAAGAUUGUCCCAUUUAUUUAUUAAACUCGAUGAACUUUACAAUUUUUGUAUAUAUUUUUGUUUUAUACUUGAUUUCAAUAAAAAAAUCGACAUAU